UUCCAGACUUCCAGUGAUGGGUCUCUCAUUUUCCCUUGUUCCUUUUUCCCUUCCAAAAUCCAUACUCCUACUAACUAAUUUUCACACAUAUGCAUCAAACACACAGUGAUUCCUAGAAGCGAUUUCCCACAGGAAGAACCUUCUAUUCUCUCCGUCAAUUAUCGAUUCAAUAGUAUGUUUCUUUCAAUGUAGUUGUUCCCUUGAAAUCGAUGUGUCUCUCAAUCUUGAUUGGUUAAUCGAAGCGUGUGCGUGGAUUCGAAUUUCUGGGGUUUUCUGGGGACGCAGGUGUGGUGUGGGGGGUUUGUUAUAUGAUGCUUUGUCCUGAAUUGAACACUCAGAUACAGACAUGGCUCCGUGAUUACGACAAGAUUCAAUCUGUCGCCGUGAUUCUCAUCUACAUUCAAAUUGGUUGUGCUUUGAUUGGAUCAUUGGGAGCAUUAUACACCGGAGUUUGUCUGGUUGAUCUUGGGAUUUCAUUAUUCGCUUUAGUCGCCAUUGAGAGUAGCAGCCAAAGUCUCGGUCGAACUUAUGCUGUUCUUUUGUUUUCCUCAAUUUUGUUAGACAUUUUGUGGUUCAUCCUUUUCACUCAUGAAAUCUGGUACAUGUCUUCUGAGAUUCAUGGAAAAUUCGCUAUCAUUUCUAUUAAAGUCACUCUAAUAAUGCAAGCAAUUGGGUUCUCAGUGAGGUCAUCAUCAUCACUGUUAUGGAUACAGAUGUAUAGAUUAGGGUCUUCACUGGUAGAUAAUACAUAUCCCCAAGAUGGUGAUCAGGAUUUGGGGAACAGUUUUAUAAAUCCUGCAACUCCUUUGUUUAAUAGACAUAAUACUUCUGGUUCUAGUGAUGUGUUAGGGGGUUCUAUCUAUGAUCCAGUCUACUACUCUUCUCUUUUCUCAGAUAAUCAAGAUGAUGGAUCUUUACGUGAGGGUGAAAAUCGUUUUAGUAGCUCGGGUAGGUCUAUAUCUGAUGUUCCUCAGUUGAAGCCUUCUGUGAGUGGAUCUUUCCAAGCUAUACAUGAAAGGAAAACAGCUGGCAGAGUUGGAAGUUUUUGAAGUGGAAUGAAUUAACAACAUUAUACACGAAAAAAAGCUAUGGGCAUAAAAGACCAUUUUGCCACUUGUGAAAAGGAGGAUUAUUCGUUUAUUCAAAUUUUGCAAGCUUUGUAUAGUUGCCCAUGCUUGUGGUAUUUUUUGCAAAAAAAAAAAAAAAAGUGUAGAUGGUGUUUUACUUACUCUCUUAGGUUUAUGAGCUUUUGUACUGUGUAAGAAUGAGAUGAAGUACUCUCAAAGGUGUAUUGUCAAUGGG